GAAUAAUUAAAAUCAAAAAAAGAUUCUUAAUAAUUAGAAAAAAAUUAGAUUUCACAUAAUUAAAAAAUAAGUAUCUAUCUAUUUAUUUAUAAACAAUAAAUUAGCUUGAUUAAUCAUUAAGUAGGCGCUAUGGAUUAUUAAAUGAUCAUGUAAGGGGCAGCUAUCAAUGAGCAAAGUCUUUUGCAAUUCGAGUAGCUCUGCCAGACUACCAUCAACCAUGCAGAUAAGGAUAAUUUGAAAGUUAAUGAAUACUUAAUGAAUUUCUUGUGCAAUUGGAAUAAUUGGCCUUAAAUUUAGUAUUUUAUGCAAAAUGUGAAAAAUGAAAUUACUCUUUUUGUUAUAAUUGAGUAAUAUGCUAAAAUUUUUAUGAACUCUACUAAAUUUGAAAAUAAACCUAUGGAAAUAAUAAUAGAAUAAGACAAAGUAUUGACAGGUUAAGCUUAAAUUGCAUAAAGUUUAAUGAAUUUCUUUGUAGAAUUCUUCAUCAGCAGACUUGAUAAACUUUCAAAUCUUAUUUAGCGUUCAUUCUACCAUUCAAUUUCUCAUUUAGUCCGCCAAAACUGGUUUAAUAUGGACUAGCCUGCUAUCUAAAUCAUCAAACCAAUAAUAGAUAACUUCUUCAAUAACGAUAUUAAACUAACUAAAGUCGGCCUCAAACUUCUUGACGAAAUUGUCCAAAGUAUUAUUACUUACAGUUACUAUACUUCUUACUUAGAAUAUCGUAAAACAAUGAUAAACUUUUAAAGAUCUACUUUACAUAAAAUUCUUGAAGUCUCAGUAAAGGAAUUAAGAAAAGCUUUCAUCGAAGGAUAUUUAAAUAGUCCAGUUAAUACCGAGGCUAUUUAGCUCAUGUUCAGAUGUAUGAGCUACAAUUUCUCUUUGUCCUUUUUUGAAAUCGAAGUUGAUCCUGAACCUAGAGACUUAACUAUUAUAGCUUUUCCUGAUAAAUUUGAGUUCCUAUUUGCUGAUUUAGACUUCAUAAGCAUGCUUAUUUUAAAUAUGUUUAUGACUUUUAAGAAUGGUAACUCAGAAUUAGCCAUGAUUAUGCUCAAAACAGUUGGUAAAAUAAUCUCAACAAGAUAAAGUGUUUUCUUAUCUCUAGAAGUUAAGUAGAAGUUUAGAGAAAUAAUUUUUGAAGGCAUAACUACUUUACUCAACAUGAGAUACUAAGAGAGAAUGGAAAGCGAAUAUUAUCAAGAAGUAUUAGAGCUUAACUUCAGAAUGAUUUCAAACUUCAAUGUGAGUACUCUAUUUGCUCAUUAACAGCUUUUCUGUGAUUGGAUUAAAAGCUUGAUUGAGUUCUAAAAGAUGUUGAUUCAAACUGAAAGGCUACAAGUAAAAGAUGAUAAUAUCUUAAUUAAAAAUAUUGAAUUAUGGAAUAAAAUAACAAUGGACUUACAAAUGUAUGGAUCAUAUGAGGCCCAAGAUUACAUAACCGAUACCAAUUUCAAUAACCUUUACAUUAAUUUCAUGUCGAAUGAACCGUCUACACUUCUAAACUAUAAGAGGAGAUUAGAAGACCCUGUUAAUAGAGAAUAAACUACAAGACUAAAAAUUGAACAAAAAGAUGUUGAUUAGAUUAAAAGAAUAGCAAUUGAAUUCUUUUAUCAAAUAUUUGAGACAACUUUCAAAUCUCACCAUGUUAUUCCUAAAGAUGUUUCAUUUAAGAGUCACAAAUCUUUCAAAAAGCAAUUUAUCAGAUUCUUCGAGCCUUAUUAUGAUCUAUUUUGGUGGUCUUAAGGAAAUUGCAUUAAAGCUUUAAGUGUUUAUUUUGAUGAGAUUCUCUAAAAUUACAUCGGUAGUGUGAAGAAUGGCUAACCUGUUCCAGAAAUAGUCAGUGAAAAAUUAAUCUUAGCCCUAAAUUUGAUAAGCAAUAUAGUGCUAAAUAUUAAUCAAGUUGAAUCUAAUCCAUACUUAUUUGAAGAAAGCUAGGAGGAGCUAUUUGCUAUAGAGGGAUAAUUACUUUCUUAUGUCUGGAAGUUAAUUGAGUAUUCAGUUUAAUUCAAUCACCCAACAUUUGAUAGAAAUCUCAAAAUGGUUGAACUGUCAUAUUUAGUUUUUAUUGAACAAUAUUUAUCAAUAACGAUUGAUGAACUUGAAAUCCCACAAGAUAAUCCUAAAUCAAUUACAUGCUCUAGAAGAUUUUACAGAAAGAUGAUAAAGGAAUUUGGAAUCGAUGCUGAUUAUAAUAAAAUUCUUCAUAUUUCUUUAGUCAAAUUGUUUUCGAAUACUAAACACUUUGAUGCUGAUAUCCUUGACUAUUCCCUUUAUUUGGCUAGGUUUUUCUUCAUGAGACUUAAGAAAAACUUUUCAAGAGAAAAGUUUAAAAAUUUUUAAUGCUUAGAGAUAGUUACUCAGUUUAUUUAAUAGAUUGACUUCACUUCUCUAAGCUCUGCAACUUUUAGUAAGAACAGAACUAAAAUAUAUGAAAUAGUAGCUCUCAUUUGGAUUGAUGAUUUCUAUGAUAAUUAUCUUUAAGCUUCUGAAAAUGUUUACAAGUAAGUAAAGUAAACACUUGUAAACGGUAUCAACAGAGAAAGCUUAAUGAAAUAUCUCAGAGAUUUGAUAGGCCUUAACAAUUGUAUAGAAAUAGCAAAGAUAUUUAGAUUCUAUUUCAAGCAUAUAUAUGGCGAUUUGGCUAUGAUCUUCCAAAAUAUGCAAUAAUUUUUCCAUGAUAAUGAAGUUAUGAAAGUUGUUUUAGAUUUUGGUAACUCUUUAACUUUCAAUAAAGCUCAAAGACUAAACCACGAAAGCAAUUCUCCAAUAGGCUACUAAAUAUUUUAGUUAUUCAGCACAUUCCUUUCCUAAUACUCAAGAUAUCUUUUAAGUAAGCUUUAGGUAUAGAAUAGAAAAGUACUCAACAUAGAAGAAUACUCCAAGUUAAUUUAUAAAAUAUUUAAAAUUCUAAACGAUUUCUUGAAAGGAAAUUAUGUUAAUCUAUCAACCUUCCCAAUGUUCGGAGACUCUUCUAUAAAAGAUUAUCUUCAUUCAUUCCUUGAUUUGACAUAUGUUGUGAACGUUGACUUUUAGCAAUAUCCAAAAUACCAAGAAAGUAUGAUAGAAAAUUUGCAUGUGUUGACUGAUAUGGCAAUAGAGGUUCUAUUUGCAAAUUUAGAAAUAAACUAUGUCUCAAAACUGCUUGAAGUCUGCUUGAUGUAAACAAAUAUUUUCUGUGAUUUGCAAGCAAAGACAAACGAAUAACAAUUUGCUCUUUAGCUCCCCUAAGUAACAAGACUCUAAGAUGUUGUAUUAAAUAUAAUAAAAUACAUAGUAGAAGAGAUAUAAAUAAAUUGUUUUAGUACUCCUAUUAUAGAGCAAAAUAUUAGAAACUUUUUAAUGAGCUCUAAUGAAAUAAUUUAAUCCCUUUUGAAUAUGUUUGUUGAUUUGAUUCUCACAAACAUAAAAAACCCUCGUUUGACAAACAGUGCUAGUAAACUCUUGUUCUAUCUAUAUUUGAUUGAUACCAAGUAUGUUGAACUACUCGGAUAGCACAUCAUCACUAAAUUAUGUUAGAGCAUUGUUGAAGGGUAGUCUGUAUAACAAUAAUAUUUUACUAUUUACGAAGGUGUAGAAAGAAAGUUAGAGGCAAAUAAUGAAGAAAAAUUUGUUACAAACUUUAAAAAUAUACUUGGAAACAUCAAAAAAUAAUUUAACAAUUGAAAGUAAGAGUUUAAAAAUUUUUUCUAUAAACUCUUUUAAGAAUUUUAUCAAAGUAACUUAUAAAUAAAUAAAUUAAACAACAAAUAAAAUAAAAAUAAAUAAUUUUAAUUUAAAUUUAAAUUUUCAAAUGUAAGUUUUUUAACUAAGUUAGAUAAAAAUAAUUGCAAUAACAAACAUAUAAUCCAACUAGUUAUUGAAUUAAUUUUGUCUUAACAUAACUUAUCAUCAACUAUGUAUUAUAUAUUUCAAUAUCUCCUAAAUCUUUUUGUAAACAAAAGCAAAAUAGACUCACUUAAAAUUU